AUGGGGUGGCCCAGACACCCCUCUGUGCGCUGCCCACCAGAAGUAGCCCUGCAGGGCCAAGCAUGGAUGCUCAAGAGGCAGGCUAGCCAGGAGGGCUUGGGGCCGGCAGCCCCUCACCCCUGCCCCUCCCACCCCAUUCGUGGUGACAUCUCGGAGACCAGGUCCAAGGCCCCAAGCUCCCAGUCCCUGCAGAAGGCAGCACCCCACCCCACCCCCACCUUUGCGUGUCCAUGUCCAAGGCGGGCUGCCCACCCAGCCUCCCGCACACCCCAGGCGGCCUCCGCUGGGAGGACCAAGCUGUGUGUGGAGCGCGGGCGCGCUCUGCUGGUGCCUGUGUGCAAUGACCAUGCGAGGGAAUCUGGCUGCCGCUUUGACAAGGUCCAGCGGGCGGCCAGCAGGACCCGCCGUCCCAGGCAGACGAAGAGCUUCUUUCAUCACAUCCUGGGCGACUCCCUCAACUCUGGAGAGAGGAGCCGGAGACCCUUGGAGGCUGAGCACCCAGCCACCAUUGCAGCCCUGCUGCCCAUCAUUAGGCUGCUUUCAGUGGAGUCUGCCCAUGGCUUCCAGGGGAUCGGGGCUGUGCUGUCGGGGAGGGGUGUAAGGCACCAGAAGCAGAGCAGUGCAGAGCGGGACCCACAACUGGAGCUGGUGCUGGCCGAGGAGCUGCAGGUCCCCACAGGAGCUGGUGCAAACCUGGAGAACACGGACUCUCCUCUUGACUGGAUCCUGGACAGGCUCCGGGCUCCAGACUCAAGAGAAGUGCUCUGCCUACAGUUCCUGCCCGCGGGCAGCAGGGAUGAGAAGCUGAAAUUUCAUCUGGUGACAUCCAGACUCUCACCUACCCUGGUCCCCGGGAUCCUGCUGGUGUUCCCCACCAGUGCACUGGUGUACUUGGCUGCUACUCCACAGUCUCCAGGGAAACGGACCCGCCCUCUCAACCCCGGGCGCCUCCGAGAGCCCAGAUCCGCGGACCCUCCGGCAGAGCCGCAUCUACAGCCCCUCCACCUGGCCGCCCCCAAGUCUGGGUGGCGAGGCUUUUCCUUCCGCGCAUUCCCCGCACACCCCGCACAGCCUCGGAGCACAGGCGAGUGUGAGCGCGUGUGCAGGUGCUGUGAGGAUGGACAUGGGCCCAUCGGAGUUGCGGGCGUGAUGUCGGCCCAGGAGCUCGUGGCCUGCCUCUGCCGAGAGGGUGACCAGCACCUGGCCCUGGGGGAGACCCCGCUGGCCACCGCCUUCUAUCUGGCUGCCUUCAGCUGCCACGCUCCCUCGGCCCUGCGGAGCAUCCGAGCUGCCCUGCCCGAGACCCGGGGCUCAUCUGUGGUGGCCACCCUAGAGGCCUGGUGCCGAGGUGACAGCCAGAUCCCAGCCAUCCACUGGGAUGGCAUGGCGGUGGUCUCCCUGACAGGGACCCUGGCCUGCGCCUUCCUGGCCACCCUCUGCCCCGACCACCCCGUUGCGGCCCUGCACUCCCUGGCCAGCCUGCUGGCACACGGGCACCAUGGGGAAGUGGUGCGGCGCUGCGGGGUCCUGCUGGACGCUCACUCCCAGCAGAGCCUGGAGUUGCGGCUGACCCGCGCCCUGGCCUGGGUCCUAUCCGGAACACAGGUGCACACUGGGGUGGCCGGCUACCUCCAGGCCUUUGUGGAGAGCGCCGACCGGACCAUGGCCUUCAUUCGCAUGCAUCAGCAGCCCUACCUCCCUGCUCUGGUCAGAGCCCUCCAGGACUACAUCUCAGAGCAUCAGGAGGCUGGGGAUGGUGCCAGCCAACAGGUGACCAACUGCCAGGGACUCCUUGCAGCCCUGGACCCUGGGGGCACCUGGAGCAUCACCCUGUCGCCUGAAGCCCUGCUCCAGCAUGGCAGGUAUGAGGACUGCCGGGCAGCCUGCAGCCAGGCCCUGGAGGCCGCCCCAACGGGGUGCAGACCCCAAGGCGAGCGUCUGGCCACCCUUUUGGUCACCCGUGCUGCAGCGACCUUUUUCCUAGACAGCGGGGCCCAAGACCUGCUUCGGGACCUGCACCAGGCCUUCCGGGAGAGCCCCUCAGGGGCUCGGAGGCAGUUCCAGGCUGUGCUCUCCGCCGGGGACCGGGAGCGCUUGCACGCCCAAGUGCAGGAGGCUGCAGACGUGGGUUUCUCCCACUUCCAGGAGACCGUGCGGAGUCGCCCCGAGCUCCGCGAGGACUCUGGCCGUGAACUGCUGGUCCCGGUGACCCAAGCGCUCCGGGUCCUGUGUCGAGUCGCCCCUCCCGGGGCGCGCCCCGCACUGGGCGCCCGACUGGCCGAGUGCCUGCUGCUGGCAGGCGACGCGGCGGGCGCCAGAGCGCUGUGUGAGCGCUUGCUCCGGCCCUCGCGCACCGGGGACCGUGCCGGGGACCGCGCGCCCCUGAUGGCGCUGCGCGGCUUCUGCGCGCUACACUCUGGCGACUCAGGUAGCGCCCAGGAGGACUUCCAGGCAGUAGUGGAGCUGGGACCGCCUCACUUGAGUGGCUGCGUGCGCGCCCUGUGCGGCCGCGGGCUCCUGCGAGUGCUGGCGGGCAGCGCCUUCCUGGGUGCACUGGACUACGUUACCGCCUGCCGCCUAGGCCCCGAGGAAACUCUACUUGUCACCAAGACCUACGUGCCCUGGAACCAACGGGGGCUGCUGCUGACCGUGCUGCGCGAGGAGGGCCGCAAGAUGCUGCAGCGGAGGCCAGAGCCAGGACCCAAGAGCUGGCGGGGCCGCCGGACUAAGGCCACGGAGACAGACAGCCCUGCUGUGCAGGAAGGGGAUGCGCACGGCGUGCACCAGCUGGCCACGCUCCUGAUGGAACUGGACACGGAGGAUGAGGCUUCUCGCCUCCUGGCAGCUGACGCCCUAUACCGCCUGGGCCGCCUGGACGACACCCACAAGGCCCUGCUGGCAGCCCUCUCCCGGAGGCCUCAGGCGGCCCCUGUGCUGACGCGGCUGGCCCUGCUGCAGCUCCGGAGGGGAUUCUCCUACAAUGCCAACCAGCUGGUGAAGAAGGUGGUCCAGUCAGGGGACACGGCCUGCCUCCAGUCCACCCUGGCCGUCUUCUGUCAUGAGGACCGGCAGCUGCUCUGGGGCCACUGCCAUGCGAAGGCCCUGGCCAUCCUGCGGGCACGACCAGGAGGGGCCGAGGGCGGGGCCCACACCAGGGAGGCCAUCGCCUACCUCUCUCUGGCCAUCUUUGCCUCAGGAAAUCGGGCCACUGAGUCCCUGCUCGCCCGAGCCCGCUGUUACGGCUUCCUGGGCCAGAAGAAGACAGCCAUGUUUGACUUCACCUCCGUGCUGAGGGCUGAGCCGGGGAACGCACAGGCACUGUGCGGCCGGGCACUCCUGCACCUGGCCUUGGAUGAGCAGAAGGAGGCUGUGGACGACAUCCUCUCCGCUCUGAGGCUCAGCCCAAGAACCGCAGUUCCUGAGAUCUGCUCUCUGAAGCCGGAGACCCAGGCCCUUAUCACCCAGAGCCUCUCCUCCCACUGCCGGGCCCUCCUGAAUCAGCUGCCGGACACAGGGGCCCGCCUCAAUGACAAGGACGCCCAGAACCUCCUGGCUGCAGGGAAGGCACUGAUUGAAAUUGAUGCCAGGCAGCCCCUCUGGCACAUGCUCCUGGCAGAUGCGCUCGCUGCAGUGGGCAGCUUUGAGGAGGCCGGUGCCCAUCUGCAAAAAGUCCUGCACCCUACCCCUCCAUCAGAGGCAGCCCGCGCCCGGCGUGGGCUGCUCCGGCUCAAGAAGGGGGAUGUGGUGGCCGCUGCACAGGACCUGCAGUGCCUUGCAGAGAUGGAUGCCCAGGACCUCGGCUUCCUACUAUGUCUCCUGGAGGCUUCAGAGCGGCAGAGCCUCACUCAGGCUGCAACCCAGGAAGCUGACACCCUCCUGAACUCGGGACAGCCCCGCCAGGCGCUGGGCUACUGCUCGCUGGCUGUCCUGGCGGGCGGCAGCAGCAACUGUCACCUACGCCGUCGGGCCACCUGCCUGGCCGAGCUACGGGAGUUUAGCCGGGCACUUGGGGACCUAGACCACGUGCUCCGAGAGGGCUCAAGGGACAGCAACCUCCAGACACAGGUGGAGGACUUCUGCUCCCGGGGCCGCCUGCUGCUGGGUCUGGGGGAUGAGGCUGGGGCUGCAGGGGCCUUCGCCCAGGCCCUCCACCUGGCACCCACCCAGGCCAAGAGCAGCCUGUGGGAGCGGCCAGGCCGGGCUCCAGCCACCCACAUACUCUUGUGCCAGGCGCGGUGUUGCCUGGUUGAGCAACGCUACAGCGAGGCCUGGACGGCGGCCGAGGCCGGCCUCCUGUUGGACCCAGGGCACAGCAGCCUGAAGAGGCUGAAGGCAAGAAUCCGGAGGGAGGCGUCCUCUGGCUGCCGGCUCCACUGA